AUGACGAUGUCAACGAUUCAGCGCCAUAACGUCUUCGCGACCCACGAUGACAACUCCAGGGUCUACGACCAUAUCGCCAAACGAUUGGUACGUAGAGUCAUGGAGGGUUACCACGGCACCGUUUUUGCCUACGGCAUGACUGGCACCGGCAAGACGUUCUCGAUGCAAGGCACAGCAUCCUCUCCCGGUGUGAUACCGCUGGCCAUUACCGACAUCUUCUCCUACAUCCGCGAGACGCCGUCCAGGGAGUUCCUACUGCGGGUCAGCUACUUAGAAAUCUACAACGAGAAGAUCCAGGAUCUGUUGAGCAUGGCAUCGGGCAAUGGUGGAAACCAGCAACAAGAAGAGAUCAAACUCCGUGAGGACUCCAAAAGGGGAGUCUAUGCGAGCCCUCUCAAGGAGGAAAUCGUCCAGAGCCCGACGCAACUCCUCCGUGUGAUUGCCCGUGGUGACCAAGCUCGUCGGACGGCGAGCACCCAGUUCAACUCGAGGAGUUCCCGGAGUCAUGCUGUUGUGCAGAUUGUUGUGGAAAGCAGGGAACGAGUCCCGGCCGGUCCGGGCGACAAUAAACGGCAGGGUCUCUUGCCGGGCGGUGUUCGUGUUUCGACACUGAGCCUGAUCGACUUGGCAGGUUCGGAAAAGGCGGCCGAGUCGAAAGAACGCCGUCAAGAAGGUUCUCACAUCAACAAGAGCUUGCUCACCCUCGGCACUGUCAUCGCGAAGCUUUCGGAGCACAAGGACAAGGAUGGGAAGCCGGCAGACAAGGACGGCAAGCACCUGCCUUACCGUGACAGCAAGCUGACCAGGUUGUUGCAAGGAGCCCUAUCAGGUAAUUCGCUCGUCAGCAUUCUUUGCACCAUCUCAGUCGGCCCGGGCGGGGGCAGCGCGGCGUCGGCGACAAACAUAAACGAAACGCUGAACACGCUCAAAUUCGCUUCCCGGGCCAAGAACAGCAUUGUCAGUCAUGCGAAGCGCGCCGAGGAAGCCCUAGGUGUUGGCGGUGAUGGCAACGCCAGAGUUCUGCUAGAACGCUACCGCAUGGAAAUCUCGGAGCUGAGGAAGGAACUCGAUACCCAGGCGAAAGCCAACAGUAAGAAGGACAUGGACGAGGAGGCGGAGCGCGAUGCGGAAGAAGAGCGGGCCCGUGAAAAGGAGGCCGAACUUCGCCACGAGGAACAGAUGCUGGAAAUGCAACUGGCCAGGACUGCGCUGAAGGAGAGGAUAGAUCACCUCAACAGGCUCAUCCUCAGUUCCAAAUCGAUCGGGGUUAACGCGAGCGGAUCCUUCAGCGCCCUCGGCAUACAUCCCCGGUACUCGCAAGGGUCGAUCCGUUCUUCGAUGGCCACCUCCAACGGGACCAAGUUCGGGCUCGAACGGACAGAGUCAAUGACUUCAAGUGCCUCGACGAUCGGGCGGAAAUCGGCCAGCCAACGCUCCCAACGUUCAUCCGGCGCGGAGCCACCCGUGGCGGAGGACGAUGAUAGCUUGGGCGAGUUUGGGGACGGGACAGCAUCGCUCACAUCGCAGAACCGUGCGCUCCAAGCCGACCUGGCCGAUAAGAACCGAUACAUCCAGACACUGGAAAAGCGGCUCCUUCAGGCUCGCCGCGCGAGCUCGUCGCGGACUUCGGUCGGCCUCUCGACAGGAAAGGGUAUCAUGGUGGGUGAAGAUCACAGCGUUGCGACGCUCAUCAGGGAGAAAGAUACCGAAAUCGCCGAGCUCCGUGCCCGCCUCGAUGACAAGGACCGGAUGCUCGCAGCGCUGCGGACGGCCGCGCGAUCGCGCGACAACGCCGACCGUGUUGAGUCACGCGUCGAGUCGCGCGUCGAGUCGCGGUCCGAGGUCCGCACCUCGCAGAUCCUCGACAGCAACCCCGGCCCGGCGCCUAUAGGCAGCCCACCCGCUGCGCCGUCUCUGUUGCGACAGGUGUCGUACCUCCGCAAGCGCACCAAGAGCGUCGACGAGAUGAGCAAGAUGCUCGACGAGAUGAUCCAGGACCGCGUCGAGAGCGGCCAGCUCGUCCGCGGCGUGCGCGGCAGUGUCAGGGUCGCGGCCGAGGACCGUCCAAUGCGAAGUACCGAGACACCUCCUUCCCUCCCAGUUUCACUCCCGCCCUCGCUCCCACCUUCCAUGCCCCUGCCGCCGCCUGUCGGCCCCCCGCCUGCCUCGCCGCCACCACCGCCGGCUGGCCCGCCCAUCCAAUUGCAGCUCUUGUCGAGGCAACGGGCGUCGUUUGCGGCAGAGCCGCAAAAACCGGCGGUGUUGGAGGUUUGA